AUGAUUCCAUUGUAUCAUUACCAUACUGCUCAUGCACCCUUGUCCUCUCGCUCUGAAAUGAAUCAUGUAGGUCCGAGUCCCUCCACGCACACUACCACAGCUGCCAUGGCCAACAUGGCUACCAUGAUCAUUAACAACUUUUAUCAUCAAUGCCUCGCCGGGUACACUCAAGCUCAACACAUUCAACAUAUUAAUCAAUUGACCAAUGAUGUAAAAAUUGCUUAUUUGUGCACGAAUGCACUUACUCCUUUGGGAAAUCAUGACGAUGAAAUAACUUCUCCACUUUUAGGGAAUGAGGAACAAGACCACCACCAACACCUCUCCCAAGACGAAUCAGAUCAUAACGACCUCAAUAAUAAUAACAACCACAACAAUAACAACGAAGGGAUCUUGGACACGUUAAAUCUCAGCCAUUCCACACUUCAAUUUGAAGAAGAACCCAAACCACCACGAUCCUCAGUACUUGUUCCUACAUCAGCAACAUCACUCGCGCAAUCACCCUUAUCAUCAAACGUAUCCCUAUUUGAUCAAUUCCAACAAGAAAAAGAAGAGCAUACUCCUCUCAACACUCAUCCUUGUAUCCACAAGACAACAACAUCAUUUGAGUGCUUUCAUAACGGUUAUAAGGAAAAGCAGUUAGAAUCUUUAUUUGACUCAGACGAAGAAGAGAAUACUCACUUGGAAGAAGAAGCCUCCUCCCAUCCUCUUAACUCGUACUCAUCAUCUUUAUUUAAAUACACAUCCGAAGUGAGAAGACAACAUUGGUUGGAAGAAGAACAAGCUUUUAAGAACAACUUCAACCAAAACAGAAUGGUUCAACCCAUCCUUCAUUAUUCUCAUCAACCAACGAAAUCAUCAACCUCUUCAUUGUCAUCGGCCUCAUCCUCCUCAUCGACGAGUGGGACCAAUACACCCACUCCAGUGUUACCUGAAGACAACAAUAAUAGGCCAAACAAUAUGCAACAGUGGAACAUGCAACAACCUCAACCAUCUUUGAGUUUACCACAAUAUUCAACCAAUCAGCAGCCUUCUUUUAUGAAUACUGACAACAACCCUACUAUGAAAUUGUCGCUUCCUCAACAACAACAACCAACCUUUCCACCUUCACAAAAUCCAAAUUCAACCUUCAUGCAAUCCAAUCUUUUGAAUCAACCACCGACAUCUUUUGCAUUUCCCAUGUAUUAUCAAGCACAACAACAGCCAUUGUCUACACUUUUAAACACCUUAACCUCCUCGAUCAAUACUCCGCAACCUUCUUCAUCCAUCCUCCGUCCUCAGCAAGCGAUAAGUUCUUCAGACCGCACGAAGCCUUUUGCUUCAUCUCAAAACGAAGAAGCUAUGAAUAGAAAUUUCUAUCAAAAAAAAUUGAGCCACGCAAACAAAUCACCAGCGAUCGAAAAUAACAACCAAGUUCAAUCUGGGAAUAACAACAAGUACACAUUGUCUGGAUUUGAUCAACUGCAACAGCAACAACAACAAAACAUAAACCCGUUACAGUUCAUGACUGCAACAUCAACUGUUGAUAAAAACAACCCUAGGACCGACGCAGAAUGGUUGUUGAGAAACAUGAAUCAACAAGCAACCAAUAAUAUCGGCAUGACACAAAAUAUUUCAAAGAAUUCUGAAACUAAUCGAGGCAUUCAAGACACUAAUAAUAGUUUUUCAAGUUUAGCCUCAAAGUUCUGGACCGAAAAUAUUGGUACAGGAACUGGUGAACAAGGAAAUGAUGCUGUAACAUCAGGACUUACCGAAAUUAAAGAAUUGAACACACCGACUUUAGAGAAUAUUUUGAGAGUGUUCAAUACAGCAUCCAGUAAUGGAAUGGAUACUGUUGGCAAUGAUCAAAAUGCAAUGCCAUAUACCAAUUCAUUAUUUCACACAACUGCCAACAACAACAAUAACCUUAAUAGGAUUAAUAUGCAAUACAACAACCUUAAUGAAAAAAUGAAAGUAACAAUACCAAAGUCGAAUGCAGCAGACACGAGUCAAGUAGGAUCCAACACUCUCAUGGUAGACCCAACCAAGCCCUCCUCAAUACUCUCUUCUGAGUAUCAUGACGAAACCUCUUCACACAGCCUGUCACGAAGCAGCUCGGGAAGUUUGGCAAGUGAUGCAGGGCGUAGUAGCGUUUCUUCUUCCAGUACAAUGAGUGGACAUCAGCUCGGAAGAGCGAAUAGAAAUGGUAACGAGGAUCGUUCAUGGAAAGUGUUUUAUCAAGAUUCAGCCUACCGAGACGACAAUUCCUUGAUCAAACGACCAUCAUUCAUGCUCAAAACAAGAACAGACAACAUCAUGGACCAAAUACCGCCCAUUCUCUAUUCUAGUCUUAAAUAUCAAUUCAAUAUUGCUGUAUUUCUAAGCACUGAAAAAGCAACUCAACUACUCAUGAGUCAUAAGGAAAACCUGGAAAGUAUCAUGCACGCAUCGGCUAUGAGCUUGGGCGGCUUUAUUAUAGCUACCAUUGAAACAGCAUUGGUUGGAGAGAUUGAAGAGAUGGAAGAUGACGACGAACUAAUGUCACUCGUUCGUGAUGAAGUGAAUCCAACUCGAAAAAUAUGUAAUGGAGUUGUCAAUGGAGACAUACAACUUGCAUUGCAACCCAUUGAGGCCAUUGAAGCUACUGAGGCUAAGGCAUUCAAACCUUUCCUCCAUCAACUCAAACAAGAGAUCAAAGAGCAUGAACAAGCAGACGAACAAGAUGCUCACAAGUGGUCAUGCGUUCACAACAAAACAAAAAUUCAAUUCACAGACUUACCUUUCCAUAACAAGAAGAGCUCGUUUGUCAUGAGAGUUUGCUUUUACUUGAAUCACGAGUUUAAGGAGCGUAAGCCAAUUCUCGUCAUGGAGAGUGCACCCUUCAAGAUAUUCGCAAGAAGAAACAAGAAGAGUUAUUUUUCAGGAGCAAAUACGACAGGAACAGCGAAAGAGGAAGAUGUCUCUCAUUUGGCGAAAAGCACAUCGACCACUUCUGGAAUUUCAAGUGUGUCCACCGCUUCCUCUUCGAAACAAGGAGCAUCCAACAAACGAAGAAGAGAAGAUACCAAAAAGAAGUCCCAAAAGGUCAAGAAGCCCCUCGAGCCAGAGGAAGAACGAGAGGUUCUUGUGCAAUAUGAGAAUGAGUUACUUUCACUCAUGAAUACAUUGGACACCAUUAAGGACAGAGUGGAACAUCAAGCAGCAGUUCGCUCUUUCAUUCAAACUCUAGUAGGACCCGAACUGGCACAACAAUACAUGUCACACCUGAGAGGAAAAUACCCUUCCAUCAUGCAGGCACCAGCCGCAUCUCUUCCUGCCAAUAUUGAAAUGCUUCCGGUUGGUGGCACCUCUGCGAAAAAAUCCAAAGGCCCCUUCCCUGCCAAUCUCUCUGUGGACACCAAAUCGUUAGGAAAAGUUACUCCAAUGCAUGCGGCUCGUCUCAUUACACCAGCCUCUACCACUGUGUUAGAUACCACUCAACAACCUUAUUUACAGCAGCAAGCGCAACCCUUUAUGAAUCCCAAUCUUGCAUUUAACCCACUUGUAAAUAUACCAAAUAUGGCCAAUGCUCCUCUUUUCUUGACGACUGGAAUGCCAAUGAAUGCAACAGAAGCGUCAGCCUUAAAUAUGCAACCAACUUACUCGGAUAGUAUUCCUGUAACAACAACUUCCAAUGUUCCACCUUCCUCAACACAACUCUCUGGUGUCAGCACUACUACCCCAAAGACUACUCUGCCUUCUUCGUCACAAACAAGCAAUGACAUGUUACAGUCCAUUGGCCAACAAAAUGUGUUGGAUUUAAUGACUCCUCCCUACCAAAGUUCGUUACUCUUUGAUUUCCAACGGUCUCCAACUGGCUUUGGAAACAUUUCCACACCAAGAUUUUCCUCUACCACAACAUAUAGUCCUUUAGGAAUGGUACCCUCCAGUAAUCAAGGCUCGUCAUCAACUUCUGGAUUCUUUUCACCCCCAACAUCAACACAGCCACCUCAAAAGACAUCUUCCAUACAGCAACCACAAGGGGAACCACGUGACACAUCAGGUAUUCGACCUCAAAACCUUAUUCAAAUGCUUCAACCUCAAAACAAAAUUGAUUUCAACAAGUUGAAGACUACGAGCAAUUCAAGUGACACCUCAUUCAUCAAUGAUUAUCUUUCAGAGUUAUUAGAGGACAAUGCAAACAGCAACAAUAUGUUAUCGCCAAUUAAUUUAUUGGGGACUCCAACCAGUGCCAAUCUCGGUUCAGAUUUACCAAGCUUUAAUUUCUUUGAACGAAAUAGUCAGUCGAACAACAACAACAAUACGAACAAUAAUAAUGGUACUAAUAACUCCCAUGUUCAACAACAGGCAUCUGGUAGUGAAUUUCAAGAGGAUCCUCUCACACCAAAGACAUUGGCAUUCUUGACACAAUCAAAACUUGUCUAG